AUGUCAAACCAACGCCAGGCCUCAUCGGCCUCCCAAACCCCCCACCUCUCUCCCGCCGAACUAUCUUACCUCUACACCUCCCUCUCCCUCCCCCAAGACCCCAUCCGCCCCGACGGCCGCUCACCGACACAAUUCCGGCCCCUGAGUGCAGAAUCCGAUAUCCUGCCCGGCACAAACGGGAGCGCGCGCAUCGGUUUCGCAGACGGUACGCAGGCGAUCGUCGGCGUGAAAGCCGAGGUUGAAAAGACAAUUCUUACGGCUGAUACGCUUGAUGCGUCAGCGCUGCAUGAUGAUGGGAAUGAAGGGAGUGAAGGUAUCUCUGCUGCGACAGGUGGACAUGGGUCUUGGGUGCAGAUGAGCAUUGAGAUUCCCGGGUUUAGGGAUGAUGAUGCUUUGCCUGUUUUUCUGGCGGAGAUGAUGCGGGAGAGUCUUGUUGGAUCCGUUGGGGGGAAAGAUGGAGAUGGGGUCGAGAGAGGGAUGAAAGGGGGAUUAAAGGGGAGGUUGGUUAUUAAUAAACGGUGGCAUUGGAGGUUGUAUAUCGAUGUUCUUCUCCUUUCUCAACCUUUGUCAUACCCGCUUCCGCUUCUUUCUCUUACGACUCAUCUCGCGCUUUUAUCUACCAAGCUUCCGAAACUCAAGUCCCAGGGUGAGGAGGAUCCGUUCUUUGACGAUGACUGGGCUGCUGCGGAGUACUUGUACCCGCGUCCUUCGGGAUUCAAAUUCGACCCUUCACAACAAGUACGUCCUCCGGUGACAUUGCUUGUGAUUUCAGUAGGCGAGAAUGUCAUUUUCGAUCCCAGCCGAGAGGAAAUUGCGGUCGCAGACGCUGUGCUUGCUAUUUCUAUUACGCGUGAUACUGAAAGCCGGGGCUUGAAACUGCUUUCCAUUCGAACCAUUGAUCCACCGUCGAGACUUACCCAGCCGGGUGUUCCCAAUUCCGAAAAUAGCAAUAUGCUUGCAGCGACCGCUCCGACCGAGAGUGUGGCUGUUUUGAACCCUGCCGCUGGUGAGGCCGAGGUUCCUGGUGUCUGGCGGCCCAGACGGGGUGGUAUCAAGCGCAGCGUGAUCUCGCGCAUGAUCAAGACUGUGCUUAAGGAAGGAGGUGUGGGUGAGGAGGUUCUGGAGGGGUUGGAGGGUGUUCAUGUUGGUUGA